AUGUCCCAGCGGGACCACUCCCAAUGUCCCAGCGGUGACCACUCCAUAUGUGCCAGAGGUGACCACUCCAUAUGUGCAGAGGUGACCACUCCAUAUGUGCCAGCAGUGACAACACCUUAUGUACCAGAGGUGACCACUCCAUAUGGGCCAGCAGGGACCACAGCUUAUGUGCCAGAGGUGACCACUCUAUAUGUGCAAGCAGUGACCACGACUGAUGUAUCAGAGGUGACAACUCAUUAUAUUCCUGGGGUCACCACACCAAGGGUACAAGUGACAACACCAAACGUGCCCGUCACCACUUCUGAAACACUGACCACACCAUAUGCUCCAGCAGUGACCACACCUUAUGUACCAGAGGUGACCACUCCAUAUGUGCCAGCAGUGACCACUCCAUAUGUGCCAGCAGUGACCACACCUUAUGUACCAGGGGUGACUACUCCAUAUGUGACGGCAGUGACCACACCUUAUGUACCAGAGGUGACCACUCCAUAUGCUCCAGCAGUGACAACACCUUAUGUACCAGGGGUGACCACUCCAUAUGUGCCAGCAGUGACCACACCCUAUGUACCAGAGGUGACCACUCCUUAUGUGCCAGCAGUUACGACACCUUAUGUGCCAGAGUUGACCACUCCCAAUGUGCCAGAAGUGACAACACCUGAUGUACCAGAGGUGACCACUCAAUAUAUGCCAGAAGUGACCACACCUUACGUCCCAGAGGUGACCACUCCGUAUGCUCCAGCAGUGACAACACCUUAUGUACCAGGGACCUCGUCAACAUUUCCUCCAACGAAGUCUGUCACUGACUUGAAAGAAUUACAUCCACCAACUGUAGUGGCAACCUAUGUGCCUCCAUAUGUUACAACACCCAACAAUUUGAAGCCAACAACUCCAAACAUUCCAUAUAUAACAACACCUUAUCUACCAGAGGUGACCACUCCAUAUGUGCCAGCAGUGACCACACCUUACGUCCCAGAGGUGACCACUCCCUAUGUGCCAGUAGUGACCACACCUCAUGUACCAGAGGUGACCACUCCAUAUGUGCCAGUAGUGACCACACCUUAUGUACCAGAGGUGACCACUCCAUAUGUGCCAGCAGUGACAACACCUUAUGUACCAGAGGUGACCACUCCAUAUGUGCUAGCCUUGACAACACCUUAUGUACCAGAGGUGACCACUCUAUAUAUACCUGCCGUGACAACACCCUAUGAACCAGAGGUGACCACUCCCUAUGUGCCAGCAGUGACCACACCUUACGUCCCAGAGGUGAUCACUCCAUAUGUUCCAGAAGUGACAACACCCUAUGUACCAGAUGACAACACCUAUGUUCCAGAGGUGACCACUCCCUAUGUGCCAGCGGUGACCACUCCCUAUGUGCCAGCGGUGACCACACCAUAUGUACCAGAGGAGACCACUCCGUAUGCUCCAGCAGUGACAACACUUAAUGUACCAAAAGUGACUACUCCAUACGUCCCAGCAGUGACCACACCUCAUGUACCAGAGGUGACCACUCCAUAUGUGCCAGCAGUGACAACACCUUAUUUAGCAGAGGUGACCACAACCUAUGUACCGGGGUGA